UCCAGAAAGUGCAGUGCAAUCAGCAAUGGAAUCCUCAAGGCGGACAUUUUUGGACAUGCAACCGAUUCAGCUUCCAAUUUUUUAAUGAAGAUUAAUAUGAUUCAACAAAAUGGUUUGAAUGGGAUUCCAAUGGGGCCUAUUGUUGAUGAAGAAUUUGAGACCAUACUGAAUGGUUUGGAUUUUUCUAUGGAAAGUUUGGAAGCCGACAGACUCGGUGAAGGUUUGGAUCUUUAUAUGGAAAGUUUGGAAGACGGACUCGGUGAAGAUUGGGAUGCUAGUGUAUACGGUCACUUAUUUGGGCCAAUUCCUUUGGAUGUGACUUUACCUUUGGCUAGCUGUUUGGAUGAUCGUAUGACCAAUGCUCCUAAAGAAUUUUCGGAGUCCCAAGAGAAUGUUGUAUUCCAGACACGAAGUCCAAUUUCUGUCCUCGAGAACAUCGACUCCUAUUCUGAUGGAAGUAGUGCAAUAUCCUUCAAAUUUCGAUCUAAAGGCCGCCGCUCCAAGCGUGCACGAUCGUCAACUUUGAAUCCAUGGCUUUUGAUGUCUCCCAUGGCUUGUACAACUUCUUCAUCCAAAAGGGGAAGGGAAAAGAAGAGAAAAUUAUCAGGUGCCAUGGCGUCUAAUUUAUUUAAAAGGUGCACACAUUGUGAAGUAACAAAGACACCACAAUGGAGGGAAGGACCAUUGGGUCCAAAUACCCUAUGCAAUGCCUGUGGAGUUCGUUAUCGUUCUGGACGCCUACUCCCAGAGUACCGACCUGCUGCUAGUCCCACAUUUAUUCCAUCUUUGCACUCAAACUCUCAUAGGAAAGUCAUAGAGAUGAGAAGAAAAACAGUUGAGGAGUCUCCUCAAUGUGACAGCCAAAACUUUGUUAGCUAUUUGUUUGAUACAUAUUGUUAAAGAGAUGACUAGUUUUAGUUAGGUGCUUAAUUUACUUCAUUGUUUUAUUUCUAUGGUAUUGUGUCAAGUCAGGUUAAAUGUUUGAUGUACAAAAAUGGGAUGUAGGAAGUUCUAGGUUAACAUAAUUAGUCAAAACCUGUUAGCUGUAGUUCUCUCAUGUAAAAUCUAAACUAG